UUCAAUAUUCAAUGGCGGCCAAAUCGGCUAAUUCGACGCAUGCAUGAGGCGAUUCGGAAUUUUGUCCAUGGAAGGAGUUGGUGGUUCUCUACGGAGUGUAAUUUCUCGAGUAGAAGAAGCAACAGCAAAGCGGUCGAGUGAACUUCCUAAAACGGCUCCUCGUCUGGUUGCAGUCAGCAAAUUAAAGCCAGCAGACUGUGUUAUUGAGGCUUAUGACAAUGGACAACGACAUUUUGGCGAAAACUACAUUCAACCACUUAAUGACAUAAGGUGGCAUUUUAUUGGUCAUUUGCAGAGUAACAAAUGUAAUAACCUUGUUGGAGUGACUAACCUUUACAUGGUGGAGACUGUGGACAGUGUGAAGCUCGCCAACUCUCUUAAUGCCUCCUGGGGAAAAUUAAACAAGCCCAAUUCUCUAAAUGUUAUGGUACAAGUUAAUACAAGCAAAGAAGAAAGUAAGAGUGGAUGCUUAAGUGAUCAUUGUGCAGAGCUUGUGGAACACAUUAUCACCCACUGUCCACACUUAAAGUUUUCAGGACUGAUGACCAUUGGGGAAAUGAAUCAUGACUGGAGUCAAGGUCCAAAUCCUGAUUUCAUUAGUUUGGUUGAUUGUCGUAAGAAUAUUUGUGAGAAACUAAGUCUUAGCCUUGAGGAUGUCGAAUUGAGUAUGGGAAUGUCAAAUGAUUUUGAGAAAGCGAUUUUGAUGGGAAGUACAAAUGUGAGAGUUGGUAGUACCAUAUUUGGUGCAAGACAACCCAAACAGCAAAGGAAUGUUUCUUCAAUGCAGGGAAGCACUCAGCCAACCUCACAAGAGGCAAACUCAAUGACUGAUGCAUCGCAACAAAAUGUUACCAGGGAUGGCUUACCAAACUUGUCAGUUUUGAAUACAGAUGAUUGAACUGAUAGAAAUUCACACACUAUGCUCAGCAAUGCUUCAUAGCAACAAUGUGUACAUCCUUUUUGCUCCUCUUCAACAUUGGACAUGAGUUCCAUUCAUUUCAACAUGAGUUCCACUUAGUUGGAAGAUCAAUAUUUUGUUGAGAAAUUUAUCACAUAUCUGAAACUGAAGCAAACUCAGCGAUUGGAGGUGAAUCCCUCCUAAAUGUGUUUCAGAGUUCUGUCGUUUUAUCCAGGUGUUGAUAUGCUGGGAGAAAAAAAUUUCCGAUUCAAUUAGUAGCAUAGAUUCCUUAACAUUUACUUGUAUCAAAUAUAAAACUAUGCGAGCUCAUAUCUAUAGAAGACACAUCAUCAGCAAUUCAUUUAUAAUAAUCACCAUGCGUGAAAAGGAGUUUAGUUCUUGAUCUUUCUGUUACGCUUGAUUAAAAAUUCUUGAAUUCUAGUGCCUCUUAUUGGCAUCGAGGAAUGGACUUGGCUGCCAUGUUGACGUCGCCCUGCAUGUUUAUGUUGAAAGAUAAAGAAACUGUGUUAUGUGGUUAUAAGUAAUUCAUUUUUCAACUUCUUGUCGACCUUUUCAUGCCUCUACUGGUUUCAAUGCUGGUUGAAAAAUGGGACAUGUUUUUUCUUGUCAUGAUAACGUAUUUUCUCGAGAGCACCGAGACAAGUAAAAUUCUGCAAGACCUUGUGUAUGAGCUUUAAUGGUUAGUGGUUCGUUAAUAAAUGGUAACGAACUUGUCCAUUCAAUCUCAAAGGUUUUUUUAAUAAAAAAGAUGUCUCAUAUUAUUUA